AUGUCCAAAUCUUGCCAUGCUGGUUCAUUAAGUUCUUCAACUUGCAUAAAGAAUUUAUUAUCUAACAUUAUAUUAUUUAACAAUUUUGAUCUAAGUGCAGCAAGUGUUACUAGACCCAAAUCACCAAUUAAAUAACCAAUUGACAUUAAAGAAAUGGCGUGUUGUAAACUGUUAAAAGGGGGAUAAUUUCUCCAAACAAUUAAAGUAGUGUGCAGAAACAUCAAAUUCCAUGUAUUCAAAAGAAAUAUUAAUGUUUCAUCACCCAUAGAUAAUUCACUCAAAUCUAAACUUGCUAGACGUGAUGUUUUCCUUAAUACAGUUUGAAUUUCAGAAUAGUUUGAAAUAGUUUUACAAAUAUCAGGAUUCAAACGAGACUGAUUCAAGUUCAAGUUAUGCAAAAUUUGCAAGAUUUCCGAUAAUAUCUCUGAAACACAUUGAUUUGGCCCUUCAAGUUUGUAACUUAAAUCCUAUAAAUUAAAAUAUUAAUAUUUAAUUUCUCUAAUUUAUUAUGUGAAGUUUCCUGAAAAUCUUUGUUACAUACCGUUUUAUUCAAAGCUUUGUUCAAAACAAUGCAUCCAUUUUCUUUAUUAGUGAUGAUAUAACUUGUAUCUUCUUCGUACAAAAAUUUAGGACAAGCAUUUGUAAGAAUACUAUAUGAUAAAUUAAUUUGCAAAUCAUGCGCAAUUGCUUCAAGUUUUUGUGGUUCAACCUUAAGUUCAAAUAUUUGAUAACCAAAAUAAUAAUGUAAUGGGAUUUUUAAUAAAUCAGAAAUUGUAAAUAUUGUAUGCUCAGUUGGAAUAAUUGAGUGUAAAAGUUGUAAGUGAGAGUACAUAUUUUGCAUAUAUGUUUUAGAUGCGUAAGCAACUGUUAUUAUCUUACUAAGUAUUUUUAAACCAGAUAAAUAAUUACUAUCUUUUAAUAUUCUAUUGAUUGUAUCUUUAUUUGCCUGUGAUUCUUUAAAUUCAUAAUGAUUAAUCAUAAUAUCAGUCCAAAAUAUAUCCUUUUCUUUACAUUCUUUUAUGCAUAAAGCAAUUUUUGCAUCACAGAGUAUAUCUUCUAUAGAAACAAUAUCUUUCUUUUCAUAUAACAAUUGACAAAAUUUAUGAAAGAAAUAUACAUAUUCAGUAUUGUCAAAUGUUUUACAUAACUUUAGAUAUUUCAUUGCGAUUUCACAAAGAUUUUGUGAAAUUGGAUACAUUUGACUCAUGGUUAUAGCCAAAUCUAAUGCACAUAUUGUUAAUAUUUCAUUAUCAUUAAGAAUUUCCAUAGAAAGUAUUCGUAAAUUCAUUUCUUGAGAUACCAAAAAAGUUUCAAAUUGACUAGUUUGUCUAGAGGAAUUUAUACUUUCUUGUGUAACUAGCCUUAUAUUCUGUAAAAAUAACUGCAAGAUGAAAUACUACUCCGUACUCUUAUAUUAAUAUUAAUUAAUUACUACAAUUAAAUAAUACAAUUAAUACAAUUAAAUAAAAAUUAAAUAAUACAAUUACCUCUAAUGUAGAAGAUUGUAAGUUUUCUGGAAAUUGAUUUUCAUUUUUGAAUGUGUCGGCUUGUUGAUAUACAUUUUCCCUAAAUGCACGUAAUGCUUUGGAAAAUUGCAGUUCCCCAUUUAGCUGAGUAUUCUUCAUAUUAUACAUCUUGAAAAUAAGAAUAUAUUAAUACAAACAUUAAUCAAAUAUGUUAUCUCCAAAAAUGUUAACUAUAUGGUUGAUAUUGACUACUGCUUUAUCGUUACCACUGCAUAGAGUUAAGUAUUAAUAUUUUAUUGCUAUUAUGAGUUUUUUAUUAUUUAUUUUUCUACUUUUUAUUUAAUAUUUUUCUACACAGAUCAAUUUACAAGAUAAGAAAGUAUUUGAGAUUGCAUCUGAUAAUAAAGAUUAUGAUGAAGAAAAUGAAAAUGAAAUGAUAAAAUCUAAGGAUUUAAUAAAUUUAAACCUUUAUACAGAAAAUGAAAGUAGAUAUGAACCACUACAUUCAUAUGUAGACAAUUAUAACAAACGUGAAAUUAUGAAUAAAAUACAGUAUACAAAUAUAUUCUUUCAUCCAGAAUCAAAUACAUGGGAAACCUAUAAUGUAGAAGAAAAUAAUAUUCCAUUUAUCGCUGGUUUUAAAGAAGAUCUUGACAAAGCAAACACUCAAAAUUUAUAUAAGGAAUUGUUUCGAAGAAAAUAUGAUAAAGAAAAUAAUUUUUCUUUUUCAAAAAUAGCUAAUGUUGUUUCUAACAUCAAUAAAAAUAAAAGAUCAAUUUUUGCAAACCAUAUGUUUGAAGAAAAUAUUACAUAUACUGAUACGGAACCAGGUGAAGAUGCUUAUGAUUAUAAUCAGUUUAAAAAGGAAUAUGAAGAACAAAUAGAAAAAUAUAUAAAUUCUAACAAAACUGUAAAUUUUACUGAUGAGAAAAAACUAGAAGAACAUCCUAAGGUAGUAUUACAAAAAUUAAUUGAUUUUAAAAAUUGUACAAAUAUAACUGGAGAAUUUAAUAUUAAACCAUUAAAUUGUUUAAUAUACAAUUAUGAACAACAAAAAGAUAAACCUACUUUUAAAAGACUACUACAGAAAAUAUAUCUAACUAUUAAAAUUUGGUUUUUGAUUUAUGUAUGUGUUGCAAUUCCUUGUUGGUGUCAUAAAGGUUGGUGUUGUUGGUGUUUCCGUUUUAAAUUUUGUUUUCCAAAAAAAAGAAUAUUAUUUGCAAAAAAAUAUUAUGCAAAUAAUCCUCCUGGCGUAUUCAGACAAAUUCAAAUAAAAAAAGAAGAAAAAAAAAAACCCAUUAGAUAUGAACCUACUAUAUUUGAAGAAGAUAUAUAUGAAAAAUUGGGAGCUGAAAUAAAAAAUAUAUGA